AUUUCAUACUCAUUCUGUUGCACUCAAAAACCUGUUUUUGUGUAGGUACAAGAUCCGCUAUACUAGAGACAGGCUUUGGAUUGAUACUUGGCAGUUGGGAGAGGAAGAAGAAGAACAUGGAAUGGAAUGGUAAUCUUCGAGUGCCUAUUGUUUCUCGACCGGAUCAUUCUUUCAGCUUCCUCUACAACUACAAUUUCGAUCAAUUUCCAGGUUUAGAGAUGAACUCAAUGCAGGCACAACACGAAGUGCUCCCAACAAUGAACAAGAUGAACAAUUAUGGGUGCAGCCAAGAGAAGAAGAAAAGAUUGAGCAGUGAGCAGUUGGAGUCUUUGGAGAAUAGUUUUCAAGAGGAGAUUAAGCUGGACCCUGAGCGGAAAAUGAAGCUGGCCGUGGAACUCGGGCUGCAGCCACGGCAAAUUGCGGUCUGGUUCCAGAAUAGGAGGGCUCGGUGGAAGGCGCAGCAGCUUGAACUCUUGUACGAUGCGCUUAAGCAAGAUUUUGAUGAUGUAUCUAGGGAGAAGCAGAAGCUACUAGAAGAGGUUAUGACAUUGAGGGCAAUACUCAAGGAACAAGUAACAAAGAAGCAAGUCUGCAGAGGUUACAAUGCAGAAGUUUCGGGGGAAGAGAUGGUUGAAAGCACUUCGAUUCCUACCUCGUCCGAUAAGCCUAGAGGAUCAAGCAGUACUCAUCAGAACAUCCCAGAUCAGUCCAACUAUGUUCUAAACGUGGAUGACUAUACUCCGAUCAUGCCUUCAUAUUGGAAUGUUCUGCAGCCUUCUCGUCCUUGAAUUUACUGCUAUUUUCUAUCUGCUUAAUUUACUUUUAGAAGAGUACAAUAACUUGUCGCGACUGGAGGGUUAACUCUAGAAGUUUACGUCGAAAUAUUUAUCAUUAACUAGGUUUUGUAGAGAGACUUCGAGGGAUUUAUAACGAUCAAACUAGCUUCAUUAGAAGCAGCUUAUUGUUGUUGUUGUUGAUUAGAACUUAAUUUGAAGUCAAAUGUGAACGUCGAGUUGUUGAUCCGUGAGCUUGUUGAUAAUCUUAUGUGUUGAAUUUUGUGCUCA